AUGGCCAGAAGAGGUAAAUUAGCGCUUUCCGUGCAAAAGCGAAGGCUCUUGAGGACUUAUGUUUGCAUUUUAAACAGAAACGAGCAUUUCAAAUGCAGAGUUCCUUCCGCCAGCGGGCCGCAGCUUGAAGAGCUGCCGGCCAGCGCAGCUCGCUGCUCCCCUUCUCUCGCUGCUGCAGCAGCAGCAGCAGCUGCUGCUGCUGCUGCAGCUGCUGCAGCAGCAGCGCCCCGGCCGCCGGCUUGUCGAAAGCGCAAAACAACUUAUGUGGGGGCGGAACUGACAAGCGGCAGUCGAAGCUCAGUGAGCAGCAGCCCACAGCAGCAGCAGCAGCAGCAGCGCAGGCGGUGGCAGCAGCAGCAGCAGCAGCAGCUGCUGCUGCACCCGCAGCAGCUGCAGCUGCCAAGCCCAAAAGACCCCUCUCUCUCGGACUCCCCACAGGACCCCGCAGCAGCAGAGUGUGGGGCGGCUUCAGCUGCUGCUUCUUGCUGCAGUCUUGAUGGCAUAAUUGUGGUGGGAUACAAAUGA